AUGAAGACGAAUGGAUUGGACGAUAAUAAGACGGGGUUCGAUGUGAAUGUCUUGGAUAAUAAAACUUGGCAUUCUAUACCUUACUGGAAAGAACGUGCAACGACGGAGACCAGCGACGAGGAGGAAGAGUAUCCUCUACGACUUGAGCAGGACUUGAACGAUGCUCCAUCCUCCGAGAGAGAAGAACUUGAUACAUCAUAUACAGAUGACGAGAAAAUCGAGUGUUUGAUAGUGACCACCAAGGCAACACAUGCUGUCCAGGCAGUAUCCUCCGUCAGUCACCGAUUAACUCCAGACUCGACUAUACUUUUCCUUCAGAAUGGUAUGGGUAUCAUCGACGAGGUGAAUGAAGCUGUAUUCCCCGAUCCGAGUAUCCGCCCUCACUACCUGCAAGGCGUCAUUUCACAUGGUGUCAAAAAUCUACGACCAUUUCACAUUGAGUACACCGGUGUCGGAACCACUAUCAUGGGCCCGUUGCCGUCGUCGACCGACGCAAAUAUUCAAACAAAGGACUGGGCUCCAUCCAUAAAAUACCUUUUGCGCACUUUGACCUUGACAGCGCCAUUAGUGGCCGUCGCCGAAAGCCCCAUCGGCGUUCUCCAAUACCAACUUGAAAAGUUAGCCAUGAACUGUGUCAUAAACCCAUUUACAGUACUGUUGGAUGCGAAAAAUGCCGAAAUUUCAACUGUCAUCUGCGCAUUACCAGAAUUAGACGGUGUCCCCGGUGUCAAGGCACGGUUCUCUCCUGAACGUCUAAAGACGUUAGCAGUCAGACUGGCCAAUGCGACAGCUGCAAAUACGAGCUCCAUGCUUCAGGAUGUGCAGGUCAUGAAAAGAACAGAAAUCGAAUACAUUAAUGGAUACAUUGUUCGUCGAGGAGAUGAGUUGGGCAUCAGGUGUGCUCUGAAUUAUAUGAUUAUGCAGUUGGUGCUUGGCAAGAAUCAUAUUCUCCGGCUUCGAGACGCCGGUGCGGUGCCGCUUAGUCCUUUGGAAGCCGAAGAGAUGGAGGGCGAAGAGGAUCUAUGA